AUGGCGUUUUUGGCAAAGGGUAUCAAGUGUGAUCUUAUAGUGUUGGCAACUGAAAUGGGGGAGGAACCGAAAUCUGAUAUGACAGUAUAUGGGCUAAAAACAUUAAUCACUGGCAGUCAGGUAUAUGAAGAAGAAUUUGUCAAAACUUUACUAGAAACAAUAAUCUCCACAAGAAAGGAACAAGAGAGUAAGUCGAAGUUACAGAUGGAAAUGGAAUUUGAAUUGGAAAAGAAAAAAAUAGAAGCAGGAAUGGCUGCAGCUAAUGCUAGUUCAGCUAGUGGUAGACAAUUUCAUAUCAAUCCGCAGAUUGAAAUUUCCAAGUCCAUGCCAAAAUUCGACGAAAAAGAAUGCUGGAUAAGUGCUUUGAAUGUCACAGAUUUGGAGGGACUGAAAGAUUUGAUCAUUACGGAUCAAGUAAAGAAGAGAGUUCCACAAGAGGUUCGUGACCAUUUUGUUGAUGUGUGGGGGACAUUAGUCAAACCCCAAGAUUUAGCAGACAAGCUAGACGAGUACGAGUGUAUUCGAAAAACUUAUCGGAGACCAUCGAAUCCAAAUCCCAAGGGACAUCAACAAGUAAAUGUUAGAAAUAACGCCUUUAGCCGUGAUAACAGAGACUAUAAUAAUAGUCCUAAACAGAUGAAGCAAGAUAAAGGUUUCACACGGAAUAGAUGCGAACCGAAAAACCCUCCAAAGUUUACCUGCUAUUUCUGUGGAGUGGAUGGCCACGUAAAGAAGUUCUGUCCCAAACUUUUAAAGACGAACUCAGAUCAAGAUAGUAGAAGAAAGGCUAAUGUUCACAAAACUGUCGUGGACCCAGAACCGGUAACUAAGGAAACGGCAGUAGUGGCUAAAGUGAUGUCUCACAGACGACCUUCUCUUGAUAAAGGUCUUUGUAAUCUAGAAAAGAUACGUAUAAGUGUGAAUGGAAAGCCUGCAACAGCUUUAAUUGAUUCUGGUACUGAAAUAACCGUAGUCAGAAGAGAUAUAUUGACUGAUUUUCCUAUUGAAGAUAAGGCUUCAAUUUAUAUAAAAGGCAUUUUUGGUCCAGCAGAGAAAUGUUCUCUUGUCAAUAUUCCAAUGGGUGUCAUCGUUGGCGAGGACGGGAACAUGAUUCACCAAGAAGUGCUGUGUGCAGUUGCUCCUACUCUGGUGGAUGAUGUACUGUUGCCCCCAGAAAUAAGGGACAAGUUGCAGGGUGUUCAAGAAAAUUAUUUCGUUGAUAUUUCCGAAAAGGACACAGAACUGAAGACAAUUCAAGAUAGAGAAAUCAUCGAUGAAACAAGUGAUGACAACCCAGUCUUGGGAAGUGAAGAAAUAAGGGCAUUAUCUGUGGAAAAUUCAGAAAAGAAUGCUAAAGAACUAUCAAGGUCGGACGAAUUUCUUAAAGAUCAAGUGGAUUGUCCAGAUUUGGAAUAUGCUAGAAAAUGGGAGUCCGUUGCCCAGCUAGUUUUGCCUAAGAAGCGUAGACUUGAAGUUCUAAAUUUAGCUCACUGUUCGGUAUUUGGAGGUCACAUGGGCGCAAGAAAAACUGCUGAAAGAAUAAGGUAUUCUUUUUACUGGCAUGGAAUAUCCAAAGAUGUCAGAGCUUUUUGUCAACAGUGCAAAGAGUGUCAGUUGACAAGGCGAAUAAAUCAAAAGGACAGAGUACCAAUUACUCCUGUGGCAAGACCAGAAUUGCCGUUCCAAGUUGUAAACAUCGAUAUCAUUGGACCUAUAGAUCCGCCAAGUGCAAAAGGUCACAGAUAUAUAUUAUGUCUAGUUGACCAACACACGAGAUGGGCUGAGGCAGUACCACUGACCAGUCUAACUUCCAAAGCUACAUGUGAAGCACUGUUAACCAUCUUCAUGCGGACAGGUGUACCUAAUAUAAUAGCAUCAGACAAUGGGACUAAUUUCAAUGCUAGUUUGACACAAGAGUUUGAAAAAAGAAUGGGAUCCAGCCCAAGAUUUUCGACACCAUUGCAUCCAGAGUCGAAUGGGCUGGUAGAAAGAUUUAAUCAGACGUUAAAGCACAUGCUACAUCAUGUCAUUUUGGAAGAGCCAUUCAUUUUGUGGGCCUAUCGAGAAGUCCCCAACAGCACGACCGGCGUAGCACCUUUUCAGUUGUUAUAUGGACGAAAACCAGAAGGACCCUUAUCUAUUCUGAGGAACACUUGGGUGGCAGAUAAAGAGGGUUUGCAGUUGGAUACUACUCCAGUACCUCUUUACAUGGAAAAGCUUAAGAAGCAGCUAGAAGACGCAGCUGAGAAAGCAAAAUUGAUUUCAACAGUACAGCAAGAAAGAAUGGCUCGUUAUUACAAUUUGAGGUCUACGAAGAAAGUCUUUAAUCCAGGAGACAAGGUAAUUGUUCUAUUACCUGAUUCUAGAAACAAGCUUUUAGCUAGAUGGCAAGGUCCAUGUACCAUCGAAUCACGAAAGAAUGAACAUUCAUUUUUAGUGAAGAUGCCUGAUGGUAGUCUGAGGCAUGUGCAUCAAAAUAAAAUGAGAGAAUUUAUUGCUAGCUCCGGAAGUGUGAACGUCAUAUUUAAAGGGGAAGAAGAAUUUGGUGACAUCGAAAAUACUCCAUUGAAAGAAGACUCCUUUUGGCAGGAAGUAAAAUCCGUAGCCUCACCUGACUUAUCAACUACGCAGCAGACAGAAUUGGAGAAAUUAUUAAAAGAAUUUGAACCCUUAUUCAAAAGACCAGUGCAACCAGUUGCAAUCGAGGAGCACGUGAUUGAACUUUUGCCCAAUAUUACUAGACGGAAACCGCAUUCCUACAGUGUUCCAAUGUCUUAUAGAGCAGAGGUGGACAGACAAGUGAAAGAACUGUUGGACUUACACUUGAUUGAACCUUCGAAUGCAGACAUUACAUAUCCUAUAGUAUGUGUGGCAAAGAAGGACGCAUCCAUUCGAAUGUAUAUAACGAGUGAUGGAACUCCUUCCUACAAGCUGCCAAUGUCAAAUGCCAAAUCGUGA